AUGUCGCUGCCAACACCCAGUUAUACUUUUGUCACUUCAGCUGGACAAAGGCAAUUUUUUCAUCGUUGGCAUUUGCAGAAUAACGAAGUCAUCGAUUGUAAUAAAUGCGGUACAAUAUGCAAGGAAACUGAUGCCUACAGUCAACAUUGGAUGAAGCAAAAACUAAAACUCACUGAAGCUGGUGAUGAACUCAAUACUUGGAUGAGGACACCGAUAAUGGAGCAGCAGCCUGCCAUUGUCAGCAGGAACAUUCAGUCUUUUAUGUUUUGCGAUGGUAAAGUUGUAAGUGAUACACAAGAGUUUUUACUAGAUGUUGGCAUAACAGGUAUACCGGAUCUGUUGAGUGUUCUCUAUGCCACGGACGGUUGCAAGGAACUAAUGGUGAAGUUGAGAUUCUAUGUGGAAAUUGAAGAUGAGAUGUUUAUGUUACAAUCAAGUGAAUUGGAGAUAAGGCAUCACAGUGAUAUACGAGAAAGUGUGGAUGUAAUAUUUUUGAUGUUAUUGGAAAAAUUGAGAACAUUUAUGACAUGUAUGCCGAGGAGGCGUCGUGGUCUGCAGGAGGGUGUGUAUAGAAUCAAAAGAAUUCUGGUACAGACUCAGAGAAGACAAUAUGUAAAUAAUGAACAACUUCAGUUGCCUUUACAAUACAAACGUAAACAGGCCAUACUACAAGAAACGGAUAUGACGCCACAAUAUAAAUGUGAUUUAGAACAACUUUCUUUAGCUUUCCAGAGACACAUAAACACUUCUGCGAACAGCCACUUUAAACCACCAUUUCCCUGCAAUCUCUACUGCUUUCAAACUUGUGCCAAUUCCCAGGAAUUAUAUGCCGUACCCUUCCAUAUCAGCAACAAACCACAAUCAUUUCUCAGUACACGCAGUUUUGUUAUAGUAAAUGACAUUUUGGGAGGUUUUCAACAACUUCAGGAAAUUGCCCACAUUAAACGUUUUCUGCAUCAUUCCGCCGAGGAUGCAGUUUUAAGCUGUUCCCAAUGCCAAGCGAAAUUUAUGCAGCCUACAAAGCUGUCUUUACAUAAAAUGUUAAAUUGUGGCCAUGAUUUUGAGAUUUUGAAAAUUGAUCCCGAUUUCAUAGAGAUCUAUGAAGAAUGCUUCGAAAUUAUGCGUUGUGCGAAGUGGUUGUUAUUUGGUAUUGUUAAAUAA